AUGCUUCUUGCUCCAUGCCAACAGCUCGCUGCACUCUCGCCCUUCAAGAUUGUCACACUGGACGCCGGUGACGAGGCUACUGUGCUCGACACGGCUCGCCAGUUGGAUGGGGUACCUAUCCACCUGCUCAUCAACAACGCCGGCAUUGGUGUCUACUCGACUUUCGAGACCGCUACGAAAGCUGACAUCAUGAAGGUGUUUGAGGUCAACGCGGUCGGACCGUUCCUCGUCACUCGCGCGCUGCUGCCGAAUCUAAAACUCGCGACCGACACACAGACUCCCGCCAUCGUCCUGCAGAUCACCUCCAUCAUGGAAAGCAUCGCAUGCAACAACGACGAACACGCGCAACUGUUCCGUGGUCAGUACGGCUACACCACGUCCAAGGCCGCACUCAACAUGAUCACCCGCUCGCUGGCCAUGGACCUGCGCGAGCAUGGCGUCGCAGUCGUGACCAUGAACCCCGGGUACGUGGACACGGACAUGACCCACCACCAAGGUGUUAUAAAGCCCGCCGACACAGUGGCGGUAAUGACCGGCAUUGUGACCAAGCUGACACUUGAGGAUACGAGCAAGUUCUUCAAUGCGGACCCCGCCGCGUCAUCGCUGGAGCUGCCGUGGUAAGCUGGAACUCCGUUCUCGGAGCCCUUCACACUUCGUGAUACUUGAGUUUCGUUUAGAUUUACUCUGAAAGCCAAUCCUUAAAAUAACACAUCGAAGUUUCUCCUC